GGUGUGAGUCGUGGAGUUUACACAGUCUGCAGAUAAUGCCAUCAACAAACCGCAAUGACAGAUCGUGGAUUAUCUCUCUGAAUUAUGGAGCAGUUUUCCUUUAACAGUGGAUUUGCUGCAGUGCGUUUUGUUGUCAGGAAGACGACGUGACAUGCUUUGUCCCUCUGUGAACUGCCACAGCUCCUUCAUCGAUCGCCUGUGAAGGCAACGUCAGAUUAGCUUGAAACGUGAUCUGAUCUGUCACAGACAGAUCCACCGAAAUGCCUGGAAACAUGUCACCAGUACCCGUCCUGCCGCUGGUGAUCAACUGUUUAAUGUCCGCCCUGGGCUGCAUGGCCACGCUGAAACUCAUCCCGGCUUUCAAAGAUCAUUUUAUUUCAGCAAGAUUGUACGGAAUGGACCUAAACAAAACAUCCAAGAAGGAAGUUCCAGAGUCUCAAGGAGUCAUCAGUGGGACAGUCUUCCUCAUCAUCCUGUUCUGCUUCAUCCCAGUGCCUUUUCUCAGCUGCUUUGUAGGAGAUCAGUGCACGGGCUUCCCUCAUGAUGAGUUUGUGCAGCUGAUAGGUGCACUUCUGGCCAUCUGCUGCAUGAUCUUCCUGGGCUUUGCCGAUGAUGUGUUGAACCUCAGGUGGAGACACAAGCUCCUGCUUCCAACGAUGGCUUCCCUCCCGUUGCUCAUGGUCUAUUUUACCAACUUUGGCAACACAGUCAUAGUCGUGCCGAAGCCCUUCAGAGCUCUGCUUGGACUCCACCUGGAUCUGGGUAUCCUUUACUACGUCUACAUGGGAAUGCUUGCAGUGUUCUGCACAAAUGCCAUUAACAUUUUGGCCGGCAUCAACGGCAUCGAGUCGGGUCAGGCUCUGUUUAUCUCCGGUUCCAUCAUCAUCUUCAACCUGCUGGAGCUCAGUGGAGAUUAUCGUGAUGACCACGUUUUCUCCCUUUACUUCAUGAUUCCAUUCUUCUUCACCACGCUGGCACUUUUUUAUCACAACUGGUAUCCUUCGUCCGUGUUUGUCGGGGACACUUUCUGCUACUUUGCCGGCAUGACGUUUGCCGUGGUUGGCAUUCUGGGACACUUCAGCAAAACCAUGUUGCUGUUCUUCAUUCCUCAAGUGGUCAACUUUAUCUACUCCUUGCCUCAGCUUUUCCACAUCAUCCCUUGUCCCAGACAUCGGCUCCCCAGACUGAAUCCUGAAUCUGGCAAACUGGGCAUGAGCUACUCUAAAUUCAAAAUGAAGGACCUCUCUAAAUUGGGACAACUCAUUAUGAAGGUGGCGGAGUUAUUGAAGCUGCUCGAGGUGCGGAGAGGCCACGAGGGGGACGAUGAAUUUAUUGAGUGCAACAACAUGACUUUAAUAAAUCUGGUCCUGAAAGUGUUUGGCCCCAUCCACGAGAGAAACCUCACAGUCAUCAUGCUCAUCAUACAGGUAAUGGGCAGCGCAGUGGCUUUUGGGAUCCGUUACCAUCUGGUGCGUCUCUUCUACGACGUCUAGACGGCUCUCCCAGGGAAGAGCGCACACAGCUGACUGAAGCCCAUAUUGUUAUGGAACCGUUUCACAGGCUCAUGAUUCAUCUGCCUUUUUAAAGAUUUCAUGACCUCAUCGUUCCUUCUUCUGCCUCUGAUUCCUUCUGCAAUUGAGAAACUGAAAGUCUCAAUUAUAUAUGUCACAUUGUUAGAUCAUAUCUCAUACAAGGUUAAGCACUAUUGGUUUGACAGCAGUUCUGCAUUUUAUUCACAGGAUUUUCAGUAAUUACAGGCAAGCAAUUGUUACUGAGUCUGAACUAACACGUGUGUCUUGCCUGAAAGUAUAUUUUUGUACUUGGUUUUGUAAAGGAAAGUACAGCAACCGUGAGAUAAUGUGAUCUCAGAUGUAGUCGAAUUCCUGGGCUGACAUGCUUUUCAAAUGUAAAUAUUUGAUAGCCCUUUGACAAAAUGUAAAAGAAUAACAGAACAGUGUCCCUGCUUGGGCCGAGUGGGGAUCAGGAAAAUGUACCUCACACUUCAAACAUUACUUUGCAUGACUACUGAUCCAUGCAUGAGUGGAAAAGUGAAGAUCUUUUUUUUCUUUUGCUUAUUUCUUUUCUUUUCUUUCUUUUUUUUUUUUUUUUUACCUCUGGAACCAACAUAAACAAAGCAGUUAUUGUGAGGAAAAUAUGAGGGUGCGAAAAAUCAAUCCAAACCCCUCCAGGGAGAUGAUUUGUGUGGAGUCUUGUUAAAAAAAAGGCUUUAGGAUGAAAGAUGGUUCAGGAUGUCCAGACUAAUGUAAAUUGAUUGUGAUUGACAUACCAAACAUAAUCGAACUACCCUUUCUCCAAGGGGUUUAACAAACAUCAAUGUGAAGUCAGCUGGCACUGGACUGUUUUGUUGAAGAAUGUAACUACAACAUACUGUACACUAUUGAGAUUGAAAAAGCAAGUUAUGAAAUAAAA